CCUCAAAGCAGCCCAACGCCAAAGUACGCCCUGUCCGCCGGGGAAACCUAGUCUCCCGUAGGCAGACCUCAAAUACGACCGGGGAGGAGGGAGGGGGAAACUCGGGCUUGAAUACUCAUGCAAGCCGAGCGAUCCCGUAGCGGCAUGCAGGAGGAGCUCAUCAUGGCUGUCGUUCAUAUAUCCGCCAGGGAAGGUGCUCAGUUCUCUGCACUUCUACCCCCACUCUCAACCACACCCUCAAGAGCUUGGCCGAGCAAGAGCCUAAAUUCUAGACCAUGAAAAUUGUCGGGGAAGACGAGCGCAAGGCGCAGAUGCACGCGACCAUCAUCGGCGGCGCGAAGGGAUUCGCGGGCGGUCUGGCGUUCGCCCUGCCCACCUCCUACCUCCUCAACCGCCGCUGGGCGUACUACCGCCAGCUCCCGCCGUCCAUCAAGGCAUUCGGCGUCAUCCUCGUGGCCGUCCCCGCAUUCGCGAUCAACGCCGAACAUGCGGGGUUGCGCUACGAGAAAGAGCACUGGAGCGACGUGGGCGCGCAUGAGCUCGAUAUCCGAAAACAGCGCAAGCAGGAGCGCUGGGACAAGAUGGGCCCGGUGGAGAAGCUGGCGGACGUCGUGGGCAGACACGAAUAUGGCUUCAUUGGCGGCGCGUGGGCGGCGACCAUGGCAGGCUCAUUUGGCUGGAUUAUGCGGGACAAAUACCAGACGCUGCCACAAAAGAUCGUGCAAGCGCGUAUGUGGGCGCAGGGGCUGACCAUCGGUAUCCUGAUCGCGGCUGGCGCGCUGACCAACGCGCGGAGGCAGCAAUCUGUGGACGAGCACGGGUUGAGACACAUCGAACCUGACCACUCAUGGAGGGACAUUGUCGAACAAACAAGCAAGGCUGCUCUCGAACAAAAACGUACCUGAGGACACCUAUGAGGUAGCAUGGUUACUGUAUUCACGUACCCUGGGACAGCCGAGCGCAUGCCGAGUGGGAACGCCUGGUGCAGUUUCUAUGCAGGGCCCACUACAUCGCGGACACGCUGUAAAAUGUAUAGGUCAAGGAUCUCCGUACUUCAUUUCCUAGCACUAGGCCGAUGUGGGACUCGUUCACCCCCGAGUCUGCCGAGCCAAUUGCGAAGUUCAGUGUAGGCAUCGUUCCCGUGGAUCUCACGACGCCUGUUUUCUCUGUCGAGUCUCCAUCUCUUCGAAUCUCAUCGUUGUCCGCCGCGGUCCAGGCGUGU